UGCCUUUGGCAGGCCUGAGGUUCCCCGUAAGGAGGCAGGGCACGAGUCAGCCUUUUUUUAAAUUUUUCUCUCAGCCUCCCUCUUCUCAACAUCUCUGUUCACAAAGACCUUGUUAGCGACCUCUAAGAGCUGAGUGGCAUUCAUCCCAGCAAACCCUUCUAGCUUCUGGAGCUUGCGGCGUAUGUCACCUGCACUCUGACUCACGAAAGCAGUGUUGAUCGUUCGCUGAUUUUCAGGAGCCUCAGGGUCAAAGGGAGUGUAUGUUCGAUAGGCCCCGCACAGUCUCUCAUAGAAGGCUCCCGGACUCUCAUCUGGCCUCUGUAGUAUCUCAGUGACCUUGGCUACAUUUGCGGCCUGCUGCCCUGCUUUGCGGAUGCCUUGUAAGAGGGCCUCCCUGUAGGCCAUGAGCUGUCUCAUGUCAUCAGGAUUGUUUGGGUCCCAGCUUGGCUCUUCUGCCGGGAGUCGUCUCUGAGCAUAAGCCUCGGGGUUUAGAGUCCUCACAGGGGCAUUUUCUUCUACCCACUUAGUGGCAGCCUGUAAGACAUGCCGCUGUUCAUCUGUGGUAAAAAGCGUCAGAAGGAGCUGUCUGCAGUCGGCCCAUGUCGGGUUAUGCGUUUGGAAGAUAGACUGCAUCAAAUCUAUCGUCCCCUGGGGUCUCUCAGUAUAGGACACGGUGUGAUGUUUCCAAUUCAUCAGGAAUUUUUCACAGACAACCUGUGGGACACACUCCCUAACUCAUGGCAGGAAGCGUUGGACGGACUGAACCCACCACAGCUGGCUACACUGCUGCUGGGGAUGCCUGGGGAAGGGGAGGUGGUAAGGUACAGGUCAGUGUGGCCACUCACCCUGCUGGCCCUGAAGUCCACGGCCCAUGCCCUGGCCUUUACCCGGAUGCCUGGCUUUCACACCCCGUCGGAGUUCCUGGAGAACCCCAGCCAGAGCUCCCGACUAACAGCUCCUUUCCGGAAACAUGUCAGGCCCAAGAAGCAGCAUGAGAUCCGGAGGCUGGGAGAGUUGGUGAAGAAGCUGAGUGACCUCACAGGCUGCACCCAGGUUGUGGACGUGGGCUCAGGCCAGGGUCAUCUCUCCCGCUUCAUGUCUCUGGGGCUGGGGCUGAUGGUGAAGAGCAUUGAGGGGGAUCAGAGACUGGUGGAGAGAGCCAAGCGCCUGGACCAGGAGCUCCUGCAGGCUCUGGAGAAGGAGGAGAGGAGGAACCCACAGAUGGUCCAAACUGGCCCUCGGCACUCCCCACACCACGUGGUUAGGUGGGUAGACCCCACGGCCCUGUGUGAGGAGCUUCUGCUUCCACUGGAGAACCCAUGUCAGGGCGGCGCCCGCUUGCUGCUAACAGGCCUCCAUGCCUGUGGGGAUCUGAGCGUUGCCUUGCUGAGGCACUUCUCCUGCUGCCCUGAGGUGGUGGCCCUGGCUUCAGUGGGCUGCUGCUACAUGAAGCUGAGUGACCCUGGUGGCUACCCGCUGAGUCAGUGGGUGGCUGGGCUGCCUGGCUACGAACUGCCCUACAGGCUUCGGGAAGGGGCUUGCCAUGCCCUGGAGGAGUAUGCUGAGCGGCUACAGAGAGCUGGCCCUGGCCUCCGAACUCACUGCUACCGUGCAGCGCUGGAGACGGUCAUCCGACGCGCCCAGCCCGAGCUCCGUCGGCCAGGCGUGCAGGGGAUCCCUCGGGUCCACGAGCUCAAGAUUGAAGAAUAUGUGCAGCGGGGGCUACAGCGUGUGGGGCUAGACCCCCAGCUACCGCUGAAUCUGGCUGCCCUCCGGGCCCACCAGGCCCAGGAGAACCGUGUGGUGGCCUUCUUCAGCCUGGCCCUACUGCUGGCCCCACUGGUGGAGACAUUGAUUCUACUGGACCGGCUGCUCUACCUUCAGGAGCAAGGCUUCCACGCUGAGCUCCUGCCCAUCUUUAGCCCUGAGCUCUCUCCCAGAAACCUGGUUCUGGUGGCCACCAAGAUGCCCCUGGGUCAGGCCUUCUCUGUUCUGGAGACUGAAGACAGCUGACACAGCCUGAGUAAGGGCACAUUUCAGACCCCAUCUGAAACCGCCCAGGUACCAUAGUGUAGCACAGUACACCUUCCCCAGAGAACCAGCAUCCUGCAUCCUCCAGAAUCCUGGUUCCCCACAAGCCUUCAGUGCCACACCCUUUCCCUCCACGUGUUAUGUAAUAUUGUAUAAAGUUUUAUUUUUUAUUUAUUACAAAAUGGAAAUCU